AUGCACUUCAAGGCGAUUUUGGGCGGGAUUUUCGGGAAGCAGGAUGCGACGAAAGGCCCCGAGAGCGGCCCCACUUCUCGUAUUUGCGGGAGCACGACUUUCGAAAACAGCUGGAUGUUCGCCACCACCUCAUUCUACCGCCUUUCGGGCCUCUCCGACGCCCUGAAACCAACGCGGGCUGGAGGGUCGAGUAGCAGCAACAGCAACGGUAGGAGGAGGAAUAGGCCGGGCGAUCCGAGAUUGUGCGGCAUGGAACCCAUGGCGGUUUCGCUGCUGUCGCUCCUGCUGGCUCGCCCCCCGGAGUCGUCUCCUCCUGACACCAAGAAUCUCUUCAGCGUGCUACUCUUGUUCCCGCAGGGGCGGAUGCCUCACCACGCCGUGAGGUUUCAGGAGGAGGUUCCAGGAGGCGACCUUGUGGGCGGAGGGGCAGCUGCCGAGGUCGUGAGGGCCGCGCCCGAUCUCGAACUGUCUACUCUGGAACUGUACCUGUUUCACUUCGCCUGGUACGCCCUCUCCUCUUACGAAGACUUCUACCACGGUCUCGAGGGGCCCGGGCGACUAACCGUCCCCUACCGGACCCACCACUCAAUGGAGCCCGCGUUUCGGCAGGAGAGAGUCGCUCUGGGGUGGCGCAGGCAUGGAGUGAUCGGGCUGACUCAUCUGAACCCCUACUUGACUCUCCUCAAGGACUAUUUGGAGGCGUUCUUCCCUCACCGAGGCGGUGCCGGCAUCGGUGGACUGGGCGGGGGCGGCAGCGGGACCGGAAUGAGCCUUCAGGGCGAGCUCUUACUCCGGGUGCUGGUGGAGUUCUGGCUGGAGGGCAACACGGUUCUUCGACCGGGCGUGCUGAAAGAGGCUCAAACUGAUCCGACGUACCCCACGCGCGUCAGGCUGAAAGAGGCCUGUCGCCGCAAUCUGGACCUUACAGGAGGGAUGCCUGCGGCACCGGCAAGAACCGGGGAGGGCUCCAGCGAGGGCGAGAGGUCGGCCCUAACCCCUGCGCUGGAGGUGCUUCGACCGCACGUGUUCGGGUUCCUGAGGGUGGCGUUUUCGGCGGACAACACGAUGCACUUGAGCUCGGCAGGCUUUUCUCUGGCGGUGGAGCUGUGGGUGCUUUGGAUGAGGCCCUGGGCCGCGGCGUCGAUCUUGAGAGGUCAUUCUCCCGAUUCAUUGAACACCAGCGAUUUCCCCAGCUCGGCUUCUGCACAAAGUGGGCAAGCUUGUCCUUCUUCCACCGGUGGCACGAGAGGGAGUGCCAAUCAGGGUGGCGGCUUGGCGCCUUGGAUUUCCGGGGUGGUAGCUAGCGUCAAGAACUUUGUGCAAAUCGAGCCCUCUCGAGCGAAUAGCGGAGGGGGCAGGCAGACCGGGACGUCGAGGGGGGGCAGUGGUGCCUCCGCUGCAGGCGCGCGUGGGAGGGAGGUUGGUGGAUACUCGUACGACCCCUGGGGUGCCUGGGUGCUGGAAAACUACAGCCUGUACACGACGGUCUUGGCGGCCUUCGUCCGCAAGGUCGGCAGCAUGUCGUUUAAAGAGAAUGACGGGUCGGGGCACCGCGGGUAUCACCACCACGGGGGUGGCGCCAACGGUCAAGGCAACCUCCAAGCGGAGAUGGCAACCAUGUUUGCGGACACCCGCGGGGCCAACCUCAGGCUAUUACACCGCGUGGUGGACGUCUUUAGCCCGGCUGUCGCUUCUCUCCUCGCCUCAGCCCAGCACACGUUGCGACAAGCACGAGACCAACGGCAGGGAGGUGCCGGUUCCGGUGCCGGUUCGGGGAACGGGGAAGGGCUGCGCGACGCGGAGUGCGAGAUGUUGGACAGGGGGAGGAAGGCCGUGUCUGCGAUACAGGGGCCGAACUUGGUGACGCUCGAGAAGUACCAGGAGGUGGCAGAAGAGCUCCUCAUCAACAUCGCACACCUGACUAAUCCCAGGGUAUCGAAGCACUGGUUCGGUAGAGUGGACCGAUGGUUUGCAGGGCCUGGGGCCGAAAAGAUCACCGUGCGUGCUCGCGCUAUCUCUAGCAAACUGCAGGAGCUCUUCGGCCUGCCACCCAACUGGAAACCCAAGGGUCACGCAGAGAAUGGCCAAGGGGGGGCGCAGGGCACGAUGAAGCUGUCCGAAAUGUUCCACCCCGAGAGGGAAAAACAGGCGCCGUAUUUCCUGUCGCAGCAGGGGAGAACACAGCUAGCGUCAGGGCAGAGGGCGUGCAAGCCGUGGGACGUGGCGUACGUUGGGGAUCCCAUGUACCGCCCACGGCGUGCGUGGGAAAUGGAAGCGCUAAUCGCCUUGUGGGUGGGAUUGUCGGAACUGGUGAACUCUCGAUGGCUCGGGUGGAGUACGCCGGAUAGAGAGGGGGGAGACAGCUCUCGUGGCAGCGGUAGCGACUCCGUCUUCGAUGAUGAGGGCUCGGGCAAGGCGAUCGUCCAAGGAAAGGACUUCCAGCGGCGUGUUUGGAGGGAGGUGCGGUGGGCGGGCCUCCCCUGCAGGGUCAACCUAAGGCCCCUCGCGGAUGUUCGGGCGACGGUCGGCCUGGGGGUCGCGCUCUACGUUCUGUGGCUGGCCUACCGCCUUAGCUCCGUGUGCGGCGCCUGCGUGACGGUUGUGCUGGGAGCCUUGGUCGUCCGCCUGUCCACCAUGACCACGGAAUACUCAUAGCCUGUGAAUCAUUCCAAUCGGACAGACAGCAGGCGCUGCUUGAGGUAGACCGUGGACUACGAGUCGAUGGGUGAAUCCGACCGGGUUACUACAGGCGCCUUUGAGAGGUAGUGAUGGGAGGGAGCUUCUGUGUGGGGCCCCGGGGGGGGGCUUCGCGAGUACACAACCGUCUUGCCGGAGAGGGUGAAUCAAGGACGAAAUGGCGUUUUGUAACCCUACCCUGCUUUGUUUUUGUGUACACGGAGUUUGUUGUCUUGGCAAGCGGUGGGGUUUGCUCUGGGCCUUUCGUAGGGUGAGUUGACGCUUGUCCCUUUGUUAACUA